UCUCUCCUUUCCAAUACCCUCCUCCACCAGAGAACCUUUUAAAGCCUAACUCCAACACUUCUCUCCAUGGUUUCACUUCAUUGACAAAGAAAGUUUCAACUCUCUGCUCUGCUUCCAUGUCCAUACUAAAAGAGCUUCUCCUCCUCUCUCCUUCAGCUCUUCUUGCCCUCUUCAUCUUCUUCUAUCUAGCCAGAUGCAAGAGAAAGCAUCCCAACCUCCCGCCGGGCAGUCGAGGCUUUCCGCUUCUCGGCGAAACCUUUGGCUAUCUCAAGCCUCACUCCGCCACCACCAUAGGAAAAUUCAUGGAGCUUCACAUAAACAGGUAUGGAAAGAUCUAUCGUUCAAACCUGUUCGGGGAGCCGACGAUCGUAUCAGCAGAUGCCGGUCUGAACCGAUUCAUCCUACUAAACGAGGGCCGAUUGUUCGAGUGUAGCUAUCCGAAGAGCAUUGGUGGAAUACUCGGAAAAUGGUCAAUGUUGGUGUUGGUUGGAGAGAUGCAUCAAAGCAUGAGAAUGAUCUCUCUUAAUUUUCUCAGCAGCGCCCGUCUUCGAACCGUCCUCCUGCCGGAGGUCGAGCGGCAAACCCUCAUGGUGAUGGCCUCCUGGAAGGAGGGAGUCGCCUUCUCUGCCCAAGAAGAAGUUAAAAAGUUUACUUUCAACUUAAUGGCAAAGAAUAUUAUGAGCCUGGAGCCAGGGGAGCCUGAAACUGAGAAGCUGAGAAGAGAGUACAUAACAUUCAUGAAGGGGGUGGUCUCUGCUCCCUUAAAUCUUCCAGGAACUUCAUACUGGAAGGCUUUGAAGUCAAGAUCGAGCAUUCUUGGAGUGAUUGAGAGGAAGAUGGAAGAGAGGAGUAAGAGGAUGAUAGAGAUAGGGGAAGAGAGAGAAAGGGAAGAUGAUCUAAUGGGCUGGGCUUUGAAACAGUCUGCUUUUUCUAAGGAGCAAAUAAUGGACCUACUUCUCAGUCUUCUAUUUGCAGGCCAUGAGACCUCCUCAAUGGCCUUGGCCCUGACCAUCUUCUUCCUUGAGAGCAGUCCCAAAGCUGUUCAAGAACUGCAGGAGGAGCACAACAAUAUUUUGAGGAAGAUGAGAGAAAGAGGGGAGCAUGGACUAAGCUGGGAGGACUACAAGCUAAUGGACUUUACACAGUGU